CGGGGUGGUGGUGGUGGUGGUGGGGCUUGGGCUUUGGCUUUUGGUCUAGGCCUAGGGAGGCCACGCUUCCUCGGCUUCUUCUCCGAGGCGAGGCUAAAACCCCUCGCGCCCUGGCGCUGCCGCGGUCGCUAGGGUUUUAGGCGGGGGGAGGAGGUGGAGGAGGGCGCGCGUCCAGAUAGAUGGAAGAGGAUCAGUCAGCAAUUCCGGUCGCCGAAGGUGCCAUCAAGAGCAUCAAGCUUAGCCUAGCCACUGAGGAUGAGAUUCGUAUUUAUUCUAUAAAUGAUUGUCCUGUCACUCAUCCUAGUCAACUUGGAAACCCCUUCCUUGGGUUACCACUGGAGACAGGAAAAUGCGAGUCUUGUGGAGCCUCAGAAAAUGGCAAAUGCGAAGGGCAUUUCGGGUACAUUGAGCUGCCUGUACCUAUAUAUCACCCUUGCCAUGUAACAGAACUGAGGCAGAUAUUGAACCUGGUCUGUUUCAAAUGCCUUCGCGUCAAGAAAGGAAAGGUCAAACAUACCGAGGGGAAGGACAACACAUCAGCAUUGUCAUGCUACUACUGUCGGGAUCUUCCAGCAUUAUCUUUGAAAGAAAACAAAACAGCAGAUGGUGCAGUUCGUUUAGAGUUGAAAGCGCCUCCUAGGAAAUUCAUGACUGAAGGCUCAUGGAACUUCCUUGACAAGUAUGGAUUUCACCAUGGUGGAACCUCACAUUGCAGGACCUUGCUUCCAGAAGAGGCUCUGAAUAUAUUGAAGAAGAUUCCUGAUGAAACAAAGAGGAAAUUAGCUGCUCGGGGAUAUAUUGCUCAACCUGGAUAUGUGAUGAAAUACCUCCCCGUGCCUCCAAAUUGUUUAUACAUUCCAGAAUUUACAGAUGGGCAGAGCAUCAUGUCCUAUGACAUAUCAAUAUCUCUGCUGAAGAAGGUGCUUCAAAAAAUAGAACAGAUAAAAAAAUCAAGAGCUGGAUCCCCAAACUUUGAAUCACAUGAGGUUGAAUCAAGUGAUCUACAGCUUUCUAUUGCCCAGUACAUACAUCUAAGGGGCACUACAAGGGGUCCUCAAGACAACACCAAGAGGUUUUCAAUCAGUACUGAUUCUUCUGCUUUAUCAACAAAACAAUGGCUGGAGAAAAUGCGGACAUUAUUUAUUAGCAAAGGAUCAGGCUUCUCUUCACGGAGUGUGCUUACGGGUGAUCCGUAUAUUGGAGUAGAUAUGGUUGGAUUGCCUUCUGAAGUGGCAAAAAGAAUCACUUUCGAAGAGCAGGUAACAAACAUCAACAUCAACAAGUUGCAAGAGAUUGUGGAUAAGGGACUGUGUUUGACUUACAGAGAUGGUCAGGCAACCUAUGCCAUCACCGUUGGAUCCAAAGGUCACACUACCCUUAAAGUCGGUCAAACUAUUAGUAGGAGAAUUGUUGAUGGGGACAUUGUUUUCCUUAACCGUCCGCCUAGUACGCACAAGCAUUCCCUCCAGGCAUUUCGUGCAUAUGUACAUGAAGAUCAUACAGUCAAGAUCAAUCCACUCAUAUGCUCGCCUUUUGCAGCGGACUUUGAUGGUGAUUGUGUGCAUAUCUAUUAUCCACAGUCCCUUGCGGCAAAAGCUGAAGCAUUGGAGCUUUUCAGCGUGGAGAAGCAACUUACCAGCUCCCACAGUGGCAAGGUCAAUCUUCAGCUAGCUAAUGACAGUUUACUUGCUCUGAAGCACAUGUCUUUCAGAACAAUCUUGAGCAAAGAAGUAGCUAACCAGUUGGCAAUGAAUGUUACAUAUUCUCUUCCGAAACCAGCCUUGAUCAAGUCAAGGCCACACUGGACGAUUGCACAAAUAGUGCAAGGUGCUUUGCCAAAAGACUUAACUUCUCAAGGGGACAAGCACUUAGUCAGGGACAGCACUAUCAUAAAACUGGACCUUGACAAGGAAUCUGUUCAGACAUCAUUCUCAGAUUUGUUAUACUCCACUCUUUCUGUUAAGGGUCCAGGAGAAGCACUGCAAUUUUUGAAUGUGCUGCAGCCAUUACUGAUGGAAUUAAUACUUUUGGAUGGCUUUAGUGUAAGCCUUCAGGACUUCAAUGUUCCCAAGGUUCAUUUGCAAGAAGCACAGAAAAACAUUGAAAAACAGUCUAUUAUCCUUGAACAAUCAAGAUGUGCAGAAAACCAGUUUGUGGAAAUGCGGGUUGAUAAUAAUUUGAAGGACAUCAAACAGCAAAUUUCAGAUUUUGUUGUGAAACGCUCUCAUCUUGGACUUCUAAUUGAUCCAAAAAGUGACCCUUCAGUGUCUAAAGUUGUCCAGCAGCUUGGUUUUGUGGGUCUACAACUUUACCGUGAGGGAAAGUUCUACUCACGUCGUCUGGUGGAGGAUUGCUUCUCUAAUUUUGUGAACAAGCACCCAGCUGUCAGAAAAGAGCAUUCUCCAGAGGCGUAUGGUCUUGUACGGAGUUCAUAUUUUCAUGGCCUUAAUCCGUAUGAGGAGCUGGUGCAUGCUAUAUCGACAAGGGAAGCUAUUGUACGCUCCUCUAGGGGCUUGACAGAACCUGGAACCCUCUUUAAGAACCUAAUGGCCUUACUCCGAGACGUUGUUAUAUGCUAUGAUGGGACAGUAAGAAAUGUCUGUAGCAAAUCCAUAAUACAACUCAAGUACAAGGAGGAGGAUGCAUUGGACUUCCCUAGUGCAAUAGCUCCUGGGGAACCAGUUGGUGUCUUGGCUGCCACUGCUAUCUCCAACCCUGCAUACAAGGCUGUCCUGGAUGCAUCUCAGAGUAACAAUACUUCAUGGGAGCGGAUGAAGGAAAUACUUCAGACAACAACUCGCUACAAAAAUGAUACGAAAGACCGAAAAAUUAUCCUCUUUCUGAAUGAUUGCUCUUGUGCUAAGAAGUUUUGCAAGGAAAAGGCUGCUAUUGCAGUUCAGGGUUGCCUCAGGAGAAUCACGUUAGAAGAUUGUGCUACUGAUAUCUGCAUUGAGUACCAGAAGCAAAUAAGUUUAGAUGGAACUUCAGAAGCCUCCCCGGCACUUGUUGGCCAUAUUCACUUUGACAGGGCACAUUUAGAACGUAUAAACGUUAGCAUUGAAGAUAUUUUCCAGAAGUGCCAAGAAGUUUCUGGGAAAUAUGGGAAGAAGAAAGGACAUCUCAGUCACCUGUUUAAAAAUAUUACCUUCUCUAUUUGUGAUUGUUCAUUCACACAAAAGCUGAUUGAUGGAAAGCUAGCCAAGGUUCCAUGUUUGCAGUUCUUUUUUCCUGAAAGCAACACAAUGUUAUCUGAAUCGGUGGAGGGGGCAGUCAAUUUGCUAGCAGAUUCUGUAUGUGGUGUCCUUUUGAAUACAAUUAUAAAAGGUGAUCCUCGAAUUCAAGAGGCUAAAAUUGUUUGGGUUGGAUCAGAUGCAACAUCUUGGGUUAAAAACACAAAGAAGGAAUCAAAGGGUGAACCAGCGGUGGAGAUUAUUGUUGAAGAACAGGAAGCUUUACACACAGGUGAUUCCUGGAGAAUAACAAUGGAUGCCUGCAUACCUGUUCUGGAUCUCAUUGACACACGGAGAUCAAUACCUUAUGGUAUUCAACAACUGCGAGAACUUCUUGGCAUCUCCUGUGCUUUUGAUCAAGUCGUGCAGCGGCUUUCAACUACUGUAAGGAUGGUUGCUAAAGAUGUUCUCAAAGACCAUCUGGUACUGGUGGCAAAUAGCAUGACAUUUACUGGUAACCUAAAUGGAUUUAACACUGCUGGAUACAAGACCACAUUCCGUUCAUUAAAAGUUCAAGUACCUUUCACAGAGUCCACAUUGAUUACCCCUAUGAAAUGUUUUGAGAAGGCUGCAGAGAAAUGUCAUUCGGAUUCAUUGGGAUGUGUUGUUUCAUCGUGUUCUUGGGGCAAAUAUGCUGCAAGUGGUACUGGAUCAUCUUUUCAGAUCCUAUGGAAUGAAAGUCAGCUGAAAAGCAAUAAGGAGUAUGGUGAUGGCCUGUAUGAUUACUUGGCCUUGGUGCGUACUGACGAAGAAAAGGCAAGAUACACAUUCUUUGAUGAUGUGGACUACCUUGCAGAAGAGAACGAGACAGAUGUGUGCCUAUCACCUGAAUUAGAGGGGACCAUUGGUCAACCGACCUUUGAUGAUAAUUUGGAAGAGCAAGAUUUUCAGAAAAACAACUCGUGGGAAAAUGGCACAGCAGCGAAUGGGAGCUGGGAACAGAACGGUAGUGCUGGAGAUGAUUCCGAUAAAUGGGGAGGUUGGAAUGCUGCUGCUGUAGGAGCUGACACGGCAGUCACAAAACAAGCAGAUCAAGAGAAGUCAUGUUGGGAUGUGCCUGCAGCAGUGGAGAAGAGUUCCUCUGAUUGGGGAGGCUGGGGCACUGAAAAGAGGAAGGUGAAGGAAAACUUACCUGAAGAACCAGCUGAACAUGAUGCUUGGUUGGCUAAAAGGUCAAUGGAUGGAGGUGAUAUUAACUGGGGGAAACAACCCAGCAUCUCUGAUGAAUUUAAGAAGAAUGUUGAUCAGGGUUCCUGGGGUAACAUGUCACUAUCAGCAGAAAACAGAGCAUGGGACAAAAAGAAGCCUGAUGGAGGUGAUGCUACCUGGAAUAAGCAGUCUAGCACUCAAAAUGAUGGGGGUGAUACAUGGGAGAAGCAGCCUAGCGCUUGGAAAGAGAACAAGGGAAGAGGAUCAAAUGGGGGUUCCUGGGAAAAAUCUAAUUCGCAAAAAGGAUCAUGGGGUAAUGAUGAAGCUCAUAAUAAUGCCAAUAUGAAGCAAGACACCUGGGGCAGUGUCACAGCCCAUAAUAAUGAUACACAAAACAAAUCCUGGGGGACUGUGGAUGCAAAAGCUAAUACUUCUACAGAAAAGUCCUGGGGUAAUGUUAUUGCAUCUCCAUCAGAUAACGCGUGGAAUGCUGCUCCAGUGUCCCAAGGUAAUGAAAAUUCAGAUGCAAAGCAACCAGGUUCUUGGGAAGGCUGGAAUUCUGCUCGAGCUGAUGACUCAAGUACCAAAGAUAAGGAGCCCUGGGGCAAUGUGGCUGCAUCUCCAUCAUUUAAUGCAUGGAAUGCAGCCCCAGUUUCCCAAGGGGAUGAAAGUUCAGAUGCCAAACAAUCAGGUUCUUGGGAAGGCUGGAAUUCUGCUCGAGCUGAUAACUCAACUACCAAAGACAAGGAGCCCUGGGACAAUGUGGUUGCAUCUUCAUCAGAUAAUGCAUGGAAUGCAGCCCCAGUUUGCCAUGGGAAUGAAAGUUCAGAUGCAAAACAAUCAGGUUCUUGGGAAGGUUGGAAUUCUUCGCGAGCUGAGGACUUAAGUAGGAAAGACAAUGAGUCCUGGGGCAAUGUGGCUUCAUCUCCAUCAGAUAGUGCGUGGAAUGCUGCUCCAGUUUCCCAAGAAAACAAGAAUUCAGAUACAAAGCAACCAGGUUCUUGGGAUGGCUGGAAUUCUUCUCAAGCUGAUGAGCCAAGUAAUAAAGACUGGAAAUCAGAUGGAUGGGGUGCUAGAGGUGGCAACUGGAGGGGCCAAAGAAGCAAUCCUGGUAGGCCCCCAAGGAAAUCUGAUGGCAGAGGUCCGCCUAGGAGACCUGAUGAUAGGGGGCCACCAAGGCGACACUUUGACCUAACACCUGAGGAGGAAAAGAUUCUAGGAGAAAUUGAACCCAUUGUGCUGAGCAUCAGAAAAAUCUUCCGGGAAUCAAUUGAUGGCAUACGACUUUCUCUGGAAGACGAAAAAUUCAUCAAAGAGAAUGUUCUUGAACACCACCCUGAAAAACAAUCAAAGGUGUCGGGUGAAAUUGAUCAUAUAAUGGUUGACAAGCACCAAGUGUUCCAGGACAGUCGGUGCCUGUUUGUGAUGUCCUCAGAUGGAACUCGUUCGGAUUUCUCCUACUUGAAGUGCAUGGAGAAUUAUGUCAGGAAGACCUACACCGAGCAUGGUGACUCAUUCUGCAAGAAGUAUUUCAAGAGGCGCCGUGACCAACGACCAGCAGUUGACGGAGGCACGGCACCAGGCACUCCAGCUGGGGAUACACAGUCUACUGCAGUUGAGACCCAGCAAGGCACUUCACAACAGACUCAGCCAGAGAUUGCAACCCCUCCAUCAGCAACUCCACAGGAGAUACUUGUUCCUCCAUCAGCAACUCUUCAAGAGACUCCAGCUUCUCCAACAUCUGCCGGAUUGCUCGGGAAGCGACCCAGCCCGUCUGACUGAGGCUCAGGUUGUGUGUACAGCCUGGCUUAGUGCUGAACUUGCCCCUCUUAUUUUUUUCUACCUGGCCUGACUUUCCGUAGGGACUAGAGAAGUGGUCACUUUGUGGAGUAGUCGAGAAGGGGAUAGUAGCAGUCUUUAGGUUUCUCAGGAGCCACAUGUCCUGCUAUGUGCUUCCUCCAGACGAACUAUGUAAAUUUUGGAUGUUAAUGUGCUGCAUCCCUUAGUUUUAACUCGUUUUUUACCCUCUUUUAUUUUAUUGCCUCGGUGGUAUGGUAUGGCCAUUUGGUUAGACCCAUGCAGCCAAUGCUGCGAGGCCGAGCCACUGAAUCUGUUUAAUUUGUGGUUCUGCAAGGCACAGAGCUCUGUGGUGCUCUUCACAUUUUGGAUGUUGUUACAGGGUUCUGAAACACUCUGAAACUACCAUGUGAAUUAGCAAUAGAUGGAUUCCCUGCUGUGAUUGUGCACAAGCGGGGGGCCUUGCAUGACUGCAGCCA